UGCCAUUAUUGAUGAGCAUCGAGUGGCUGAUGAAAAUUUGAGCAACAAACUCAGAAAUGCUUCCUCACUACGUAACUCUACUCUUCUUGUUAUGCACCUCAAUUUCAGCGCAUCAACAUGAACACGACCCUUCAAUCAUCUCAACUAUGGAACAAUUUUCAGGUUACUCAAUCCACGAACCCACUUCCCUCUCUUCACUAUCUAUCGACGCUCAGGGUCUGCAGAACCAGAUUGAUCAACUUUCAGGAUUUUCCGAUGCACCUGCUCCAGCAGUAACCAGGGUUUUGUACACUCACAAGGAUGUUUUAGCACGAAGGUAUGUUAAAAACCUCAUGGGAAUUGCUGGUCUAUCUGUGAGAGAGGAUGCUGUUGGUAACAUAUUCGGUCGUUGGGAUGGUAGUGAACCCGAGCUUGCGGCAGUUGCAACAGGUUCGCACAUCGAUGCUAUACCUUAUUCGGGAAAAUACGACGGAGUUGUUGGUGUUUUAGGUGCUAUUGAAGCCAUCAAUGUCCUGAAAAGGUCUGGCUUCAAACCUAAAAGAUCAUUGGAAGUCAUAUUAUUCACAUCAGAAGAACCUACACGCUUUGGAAUAAGUUGCUUAGGAAGCCGCUUAUUGUCUGGGAGUGAGAGUCUUGCAAAUACUCUAAAGACAAUAACCGAUAGUCAGAACAUAUCCUUCUUAGAUGCUGCAAGGUCUGCUGGAUACGCAAAAGAUGAAAAUGAUUUGUCGAGUGUGUUUUUAAAGAAAGGAACAUAUUCUGCUUUUGUAGAACUGCACAUAGAACAAGGGCCUAUUUUGGAGGAUGAAGGUACAUAUCGCUGGUCUAGCAAAAUCUUUGUGUUAGCCAAAACUUUAAAUGAUCAUAAUAUGUUAUUUUUUCUUGAUCCAGGCAUAUCUAUCGGCAUAGUCACUGCCAUUGCAGCUCCAGCAAGUCUAAGGGUUGAAUUUGAAGGCAAUGGUGGCCAUGCAGGCGCCGUCCUUAUGCCUAACAGAAAUGAUGCUGGUCUUGCAGCCGCUGAAUUAGCCCUGGCUGUUGAGAAACAUGUCUUGGAAUCUGGAUCCAUCGAUACUGUUGGCACUGUUGGUAUCCUGGAACUGCAUCCUGGAGCAAUCAAUAGUAUCCCUAGCAAAUCGCACAUAGAAAUUGACACUAGGGACAUCGAUGAGGAAAGAAGAAACCAAGUUAUUAACAAAAUCCAUGAGACUGCAAUUCGAAUAACCAAAACACGAGGAGUCAAGCUCUCCGAGUUUCAUAUCAUUAAUCAGGAUCCACCGGCCCCAUCUGACAAAGCAGUCAUCAAUGCAAUGCAAACUGCAACAAAAGAGCUAAACUUGACGAGCAAGUUAAUGAUUAGUCGAGCCUAUCACGACUCUUUGUUUAUGGCCAGGGUGUCUCCAAUGGGCAUGAUUUUCAUUCCAUGCUACAAAGGAUAUAGCCAUAAGCCUGAAGAAUUUUCUAGUAUUGAAGACAUGUCAAAUGGUGUAAAAGUGCUGGCUUUCACCUUAGCCAAAUUGUCUCUUCAGUAAUAUAACAUCUUAUGUAGUGGCUUAUGUUGACUCUCAUUGCAAGACAAUGACAUGUAAUUUAUUUCUGAUACAGCUUAGUAAUUAAAUAAAUUUCAAAUUUCAGAUACACCCUAACUAGAAAAGUGUUACUAUAUCCUUGUAGUUGGACCAUUCUGUGUAGAGGGAAAAGACAUCUUACCCUUUGUGAAUUAUCCACAUGUUGCAUUCAAAA